AUAAAGGAGGAAGCCACGUUUUGCGUUUAGUCGCCACCCAGAAAAAACCCUCAAGUCUUCUUCUUCUUCCUCAAUCUCUCCACCUCUUUUCAAACCUUCUUCACACUCUCUCUCAAUCAAUCCUUUUUCUUCUCAAAUCUUUCAGUUUUGAUCUCUAAAUUUCCAGAAAAUGAGCAACGAUAAGGACAGUUUCAAUGUCAGCGAUCUCACUUCUGCUCUUAAAGAUGAGGAUCGAGCUGGUCUUGUCAACGCUCUUAAGAACAAGCUCCAGAAUCUAGCUGGACAACAUUCUGAUGUGCUCGAGAAUCUGACUCCUAAAAUUAGAAGGCGUGUUGAGGUUUUGCGGGAGAUUCAGGGCAAACAUGAUGAAAUAGAGACAAAAUUCCGCGAGGAGAGAGCUGCUCUUGAAGCCAAGUAUCAAAAGUUAUAUCAGCCUUUGUAUAACAAGCGUUAUGAGAUUGUGAAUGGAGCUACUGAAGUUGAAGGGGCUCCAGAGGAUGCUAAGAUGGACCAAGGAGACGAGAAAACUGCAGAAGAGAAAGGAGUCCCUAGUUUCUGGCUGACUGCUCUGAAAAAUAAUGAUGUUAUAUCUGAAGAGAUCACAGAGCGUGAUGAAGGAGCCCUUAUAUAUCUUAAAGAUAUCAAGUGGUGCAAGAUUGAAGAACCAAAGGGAUUCAAACUUGAGUUUUUCUUCGACCAGAAUCCUUACUUCAAAAACACCCUAUUAACAAAGGCGUAUCAUAUGAUUGAUGAAGAUGAGCCUCUGCUUGAGAAGGCUAUUGGGACAGAGAUUGAUUGGUAUCCUGGAAAAUGCUUAACUCAGAAGAUUCUUAAGAAGAAGCCUAAGAAAGGUGCAAAGAAUGCCAAGCCAAUUACCAAAACUGAAGAUUGUGAAAGCUUCUUCAACUUCUUCAAUCCUCCCCAAGUUCCUGAUGAUGAUGAAGACAUUGACGAAGAAAGAGCCGAGGAACUUCAGAAUCUGAUGGAACAAGAUUAUGACAUUGGUUCUACAAUCCGGGAGAAGAUCAUACCUCAUGCUGUCUCAUGGUUUACUGGUGAGGCUAUUGAGGGAGAGGAGUUUGAAAUAGACAAUGACGAUGAAGAUGAUAUCGAUGAGGAUGAAGAUGAGGAUGAAGAAGAUGAAGACGAAGAUGAGGAAGAAGACGACGAAGAUGAGGAGGAAGAAGUAAGCAAGACCAAAAAGAAGCCAUCAGUCUUACACAAGAAAGGAGGGAGACCUCAGGUUACCGAUGAUCAACAAGGAGAGAGGCCUCCUGAAUGCAAACAACAGUAAACAAAAUCGAAAAGUCUAAACGAAAACCAGUAAAAGAAAAACAAAUGUUUUGGGUUUUGAGUGAAGUUUCAUGGCCUAGUUUUUUGCUUCCAUGUAAGGCAAAAUGUUUUGAAGACUGCUCAUAGGAAUGUUGCUGUAGGCAAAAGAGUGAGUUUCUCCAUGUGGAGAUACUUGAUAAAUUAUUUUUGGUGCAUUUGUUUUUUUUUUUUUUAAUCACUAAGUUGAAUUUUGGUGUGUUCGUCAAAAUUAUAUCUUUUUACCACUUGAAUUAAGUCUCUUUUGGUUUCUUUAAUUUAAAAAUAAAUAAAUCUUAUCAUUGUUUUUUUUGUGUGGACAUAAGUGUAUUAUUCUUAUUGUAAACCAAGAAAAAAGAACAGAAAGAAAUUUGUUUUCA